AUGGGAUCCGCAUCCUCCGCCCCUCUUGCCACCGUGCCCUCUACCAUGAACGAGAAAUCCUCCUCCGGUGCCGAAUCGUCGCGUCGCCGAACGACCACGACGGACGCUCAACAGUUGCUCGCCCAACUGUCCCUUGGUGGUAGCUCCAAAUCCAAGCCGGCGACAGCGAUGAUGUCCAUCGAUAGUUUGAGGUCGUGGGAGAAGGCGUUCGAGUCCAACCCCAAGCAUGUACGUCUCCCAUCCCCACCGCACGUGACUCGAUGGAGACCGGUGUCGGCCCGGGCGGACGGUCGGGCGCUCGGUUCGGCUACCCGCGUGGUGCGGUCGAGCUGCCACUGACGCUUGAAAGGCUUGCUUGCCUCGAUGCAUCGGUAGAAACUGGCUGCGACGUUCAUGCACAAGAAUGACUUCCAAACGGCUAUGGUCCAGCGCAAGGCCGUCGUCAGCGAUCAACAAGGUACGUCUCACCUCCACAGGCUCUCCUGUGUUUGAGCGACCUCUCGGGGUUUGGACCGGCCCGGGCGGCUCCUCGUCGGGACGCGUGACCUGGACGGGUGAGAGCUCUGCAGGUGCUGACUAUCGCAUUUGUCGUCCAUCGCGGCUCGCUCCUUCAACACAGUCUUCAAUGUGACGCUUUCUUCCGAGAACUCGACUGUGUAAGCUAAGCAAUAAUGAUCCUGGAUCAUGCGAUUGGCCUCAACUGACUCCCCUUGCCAUCGAUCUAAACUAAAACUCAGCGCGAACCAAAAAUCCAGCGGCAGGUGCUGGUGCUUCGCACUCUGCAACGUCAUCCGUCUCGCGAUGCAGCGCAAGUACAACCUCGAGGAGUUUGAACUCUCCCAAUCGUACCUCUUCUUCUACGAUUCGCUCGCCAAGGCCAACUGGUUCCUCGAGCAAAUGCUCGACCUGGCCGAGGAGGACCUCGAUGACCGCACCGUCCAAUACCUGAUGCAGGCACCCGAGAACGACGGUGGACAGUGGGACAUGGCUGUCAAUUUGGUGGAACAUUUCGGUCUCGUGCCUCAAACCGUGUACCCUGAAUCCUUCAACUCUUCCUCGACGGGCAAACUCGAUGAUCUCUUGACUUCCAAGCUGCGCGAAUACGCUCUCGAGCUGCGUGAGCUCCACGCCAACGCGAUGGACUGCCUCGGCGACAUAACCACCAAGUCUCAUGGUGAGAAGAAGGCCUUGGCCGCGCAGUCCUCGCGCAAGCGCAAGGAGGAACAGAUGGAGGAGAUCUAUCGUAUCCUCGCCAUCACGCUCGGUACACCACCCAAGCCGGAUGAAGAGUUCACGUGGGAGUACUAUGAUACCAAGAAGAAGUACCACAGCGUCACAAGCACGCCCAAGAGUUUCGCCAAAGACUACGCGCUCGUCGAUGUGUCCAAGGCGAUCUCGCUCAUCCAUGAUCCUCGCAACGCGCCCGGGCUGUACACCGUCGAUAGGCUGGGUAAUGUCGUGGGAGGUCGACCAGUCGUGAGUCUGACUCAAUCAUGCCCUCUUUUCCCGUGCGAACUGUUAAACGAGAACGUUGCCUUUCGCAGCUCUACGUCAACACGGAGAUAGAGGACCUCAAGAACGUCGCGAUCAAGCUGCUCAAGAACGACACCCCGGUCUGGUUCGGUUGCGACGUCGGCAAGUCGUCCAACACGCCCCUUGGCCUCAUGGACACGAAACUGUUCGACCUUGAAGAGGCCUUCUCGACUUCGUUGGGCAUGACCAAGGCCCAACGUUUGAGCACCGGUGACUCGGCCAUGACCCAUGCCAUGGUCUUGACCGCCGUUCAUCUCGAUGCCAACGGCAAGCCCGUCCGUUGGUCAGUGGUGAUCGAGAUAGACUUGUAUCCUUGUCGGGAAGAUCGAUGUAUUGAACACCGAGGGAAUGUUUUUUCGACCAUUCACAGGAGGGUCGAGAACAGUUGGUCAAAGGAAGCUUGCACGAAGGGCUAUAUGCUCAUGACCGAUGAAUGGUAAGCUGCAUUCCCAUCUCGCCUCAUCCGUCGACUUCACCGCUAAUCCCGAGAGCCAUACGUUCACGUCAUAGGUUCACCGAGCACGUCUUCCAGGUCGUUGCCGAUCGAUCAAUGGUGCCCAAGGAACUCGUCAAGGUCUUUGAAGACGACAACCGCACCGUCCUUCCUCCCUGGGACCCGAUGGGAGCUUUGGCAUAA